AGGCACAAAGUUGAUCAAGGACGUUAGUUGCUCUCUGGGAAUGUAGAACCCAGUAAAGGGAUGCGGCUAUGUGAAGUAUUUGCUGCUUCAUAUUAGCAUCCGUCCUACAAGGGUGCAGUGCAAUACCGAAGAAGAGUGGUCAGUGGGAAGAAGAGGGCUGGGAAAGGAUUCCCAGACAAAGCCACCCCCCACGCCCGCUUCCCCGCAUUGCCACAGCAGCGCCCUGAGGCAGUCGGUGUCUGUGGGAGAGCUGGACUCGCUCUGCCCUCCCUGUUUCUUUGCGGGGGCCAGAAGGGAGGACCACAGAGACGUGGCGCCCUCCACCGUCCUAGAGAAGCCAGAGUGGCAAGAGUGCAGCAGCCUCCACCUCUCCGGUGCGGAGCGUGGGGAGCUGAGCGUGGGACUGGCCGGGGCGUGGAGCCUGGGGCUUGCGCGCCCGACUCCUGGGCCGCUAUAUCAGGCCCGCCCCGGUCCGGAGCGUCCCUUCCCGACCCCGGGCAGCCCCCAGUAAGGCCUGGCGCGCGCUCGCUUCCCGGGAGGGCGGCCCUGGCCAUGGCGGCCGCGGCCCUGGCGGGCGGCGCCCCCUUCGGCCCUGCACUCGAGCUGCUACCGGGACUGCGCGCGCCGGCCCGGGCGCGCCCGGAGUCAGUGACCUUCGAGGAUGUGGCCGUCUACUUCUCUGAGAACGAAUGGAUCGGCCUGGCCCCUGCUCAGAGGGUCCUGUACAGGGACGUGAUGCUGGAGAAUUAUGGGGUUGUGGCUUCCCUGGCAUUUCCAUUUCCCAAACCGGCUCUGAUUUCCCAGCUGGAGCGAGGGGAAGCGCCCUGGUGCAAGGCUCCUCAGGGAGCUCUGGAUGGAGAGUGCCCGAGGGGCGUCUCCACAGGAUAUCCAUUUCUGAAGCCUGCUGCGAUCUCCCAUCUUGAACAGGUGGAAGAGCCGUUGAACCUGAAACUGCAAGGAGAGGGUCCAAGCCUAAUCUGUACUGAGGGUGUGUUGAAGAGUGAGAAAGAAGAUUUUAUUCUGAAGGAGGAAGGUUUUGAGGAGGCAAAAGACCACAUGGUGCUGUCAAGUGGACCCCGGUGGUGUGGUUCCCAGGAAUUCUGGUUUGGGAAAACCUGUGAGGAGGGAAAAAGCAGGUUAGGGAGGUGGCGCAACUACUCCAAUGGGAAAAGUGUGGCGAACACUGCAAAUGAUGUUAUAGAAGUGAUUGUCAAAGAUGAGAUGAUCUCAGGAGAAGAUGGUUCAGAGAAUACUGAUGUUAAUACUCACCUUGUUAUACAUGAGAAGAUUCUCAGUGAGCAGGUAUUCUGUAUAUGUGAAGAAUGUGGCAAGUGUUUUGAUCAAACUGAAGACUUUCACCAACAUCAGAGAGUUCAUAAUGGAGAGAAGAUCUAUGGUUGUAAGGAAUGUGGGAAGACUUUCAGUUUUAGAUCACAUUGCCUUGCACAUCAGAGAAUUCACACUGGGGUGAAACCCUAUGUGUGUCAAGAAUGUGCUAAAGCCUUUGUUUGGAAGUCAAACCUGAUUCGGCACCAGAGAAUACAUACUGGAGAGAAGCCCUUUGAAUGUAAGGAAUGUGGGAAGGGCUUUAGUCAGAACACAAGUCUUACACAACAUCAGCGAAUCCAUACUGGAGAAAAACCAUAUACUUGUAAGGAGUGUGGGAAAAGCUUUACUCGGAACCCAGCCCUGCUUCGACAUCAGAGAAUCCACACUGGGGAGAAGCCUUAUGAGUGUAAGGACUGUGGAAAAGGUUUCAUGUGGAACUCAGAUCUUGCUCAGCACCAGAGGGUCCACACGGGGGAGAAGCCCCAUGAAUGUACUGACUGUGGGAAAAGCUUCAUUUGCAAGGCACACCUUAUCCGACAUCAGAGAAUCCAUACUGGGGAAAGGCCCUAUAAAUGUAAUGAUUGUGGGAAGGCCUUCAGUCAGAAUUCUGUUUUGAUUAAGCACCGGAGGCGCCAUGCUAGAGACAAACCCUGUAAUUAUCACACCUCUCACCUUCUUGAACAUUAGAGAAGGCAUAAGGGUGAUGCUUGUUUAUAAUUCUUAUGCUACAGGAGCCCCAGAGACAAAACGAGAUGACUGUCCACGGUUUGUUAUAACUCUAAUAGUAUUAUCUUGCCCCUUCUGAACAGAUACCCUGUACUCUAGCAAGAUGGUCCCACUGUUCAACCAUGUUCGUGCUAGGCAACUUUUAGUUGAGCAUCUGCUCUGUCAGGCACUUGCUAACCACUUUACAUACAUUCUUUUGUUUUCCUUAAUCCUGUUAAGGUAGGUACUUGUCCUCAUUUUACUAAUGAAAAGUCUGAGGUUGAAAGAAGUUGUAAAACUCAUUCAAGGUUACUCAGCUAAUAUGUUACAGAAUAGAGAUUGAAAUCAGG